CACUUCUCCUUUUUCACAAAUAGCCCCGGACAUCCGUGUUAGCAGUCUUGUCGCAGCAACCUCAAGGGCAAUCACCAAAUUCUGCCUAAAGGACUUAAGAAAGGUGCCUGCAAAAGGGUAAGAAUAUCCCAGCAUGGGCAUAAGUAGCUUGAAAUUGCUGAAGUAUGUCCUGUUUUUCUUCAACUUGCUCUUUUGGUUCUGUGGCUGCUGCAUUUUGGGAUUUGGGGUUUACCUCCUGAUGUACAACAACUUUGGGGUGCUCUUCCAUAAUCUCCCCUCCCUCACGCUGGGCAAUGUGCUCAUCAUCGUGGGAUCCAUUAUCAUGGUGGUUGCCUUCCUGGGCUGCAUGGGCUCCAUCAAAGAGAACAAGUGCCUGCUUAUGUCGUUCUUUAUCCUGCUGCUGAUUAUCCUCCUUUCUGAGGUGGUCUUAGCCAUCCUGCUUUUCGUAUAUGAACAGAAGCUGGAUAACUAUGUGGCUGAGGGCCUGAGACACAGCAUUGAGCACUACAAUGACACCAUCGCGGCGUGGGACUCCAUCCAGUCAUUUCUGCAAUGUUGUGGUAUACAUAACAAGAGUGACUGGAAAGAUAUAACACCAAAAUCUUGCCCAGAAGGAGAAGUUGAGGGUUGCUAUAAAAAAGCACAAGAGUGGUUUCACACCAAUUUCCUGUAUAUUGGAAUCAUCACUAUCUGUGUAUGUGUGAUCCAGGUGUUGGGGAUGUCCUUUGCGCUGACCUUGAACUGCCAGAUUGAUAAAUCCAGCCGGGUCUUGGGGCUGUGACCUGCAACUACCCUGUAUUGGAGAGACUUGUUUUGUCUCUGGAAAUUCAAAACCACUUGUAAUAUGAAUCCCUAAAUGAUUACCUCCUGGACUGGCACUUUUGUCCUCCUCCCUUCUCUUCCCUGGUUUGGUCCCUGUCUCAUACAACCAGAUAUGAGGGUAUUGGUCAGGAAUUUCCCAUCUCAGGCAGCAAACCAAUCAUCAACUCGUGGCAGCAGCCCCAUACCACUCAAGGUGGUGGCCCUAACACCAGAGAGUUUUUCAGGCAUGAGAGGCCCAGAUAGCCUGUGGUAAUAGCAGCUCAACAUCAAAGAGUAGGUCCAGGAUUUGAAUUCUGAUAUCUUCCUGUUGUUAGUCUCAAGCCUCUAAAUCAUGCUCAGUCCACUCUACAAAGUCAAGCAAGACACAGGCUAAAGCUAAAGGGAGUUCUGGGGCCAGACUCACUGGAUCAUUGUCACAACCCUCUGUUUCCUUUUGACUAGAAGAAUAACAGAGUGCUCUUUCCCCAAAGGGUGAGGUUUGUUUUCAAUUUCGUUAUUAAAUGACCUUGCUAAUUUAUUCUAAGUCUUUCCAGAAGAAGCUAUCCAGUGAUUCAUAUCGUGACUUCAACCAGUCUCUUAGCUUUUGAUUUACAUAGUUAUGGAGGAACUCAGUAACACCUGUAUCUCUGAUAGGUUAGCUGAUAAUCCCAUUUAGAAGAAUUCUGAUGUUAUUUCUUUAUCAGAUGAGGUUUUGUAAAAUGUACUAUUUUAACACUUUAAUAAAGAAAAUGUCAUCUCAA